AGUAACCACGCAGGCAUAAUCUCAGCAGACGGCAACAGAUGCUAUGCUAACGCGUUGCGUGGAUUAAGGCACCUCAAGUAGCAAAAGAGUGGACACUACGCCAAACCAUGCGACGUGGCUCGGAUGACGCUCGCAAGAAGUUUGUCUUGACGACGACUGGAAACUUUUAUGGACAAGAACCUUCAUCCUCACUUUACGACAGCUCCGAACUCAAUAACUUCUUGGAUGAUGGCAACGAAUUUGUCUUGUCCAUCUGCAGACAUGGCAAUGGCCUCCAACUGUCAAAUAAGAUUGAAGCUGUGGCAGAAAGUAGUGAGAAGGUUUUGGUGUUCUUCAAAUUGUAUCCCACGGAAAUCACAGAAGAGAACCUUCAUCAGAGCCUGCUUGUGUCUUCAAUGCUAAAGUCUCCCAUUAACACGCUGUACCAGGCUGUCAAACAAGUCUUCGCACCUGUGUUGCUCAAGGAUGAACACUGGAGUUCAGCGUUGGACCCGAAGUUAGCAGGUCUGCUCACUGAAUUGGAGAUGGGCCUUGGCACUGUUGUCCGCCAGUGUGGGACGCAAACUGUCACAAAGAAGAGCCAGUCAGAGGAGGAUAUACUUGGAAUUCUGAUGCCUGGUGAUGAGUUUCAGUACUGGGCAGAAAUCUCUCAGUCUGCAGCAAAAUCAAAUCUCCGGGAAAGAGCUGCACAUUUUGUUGAACUAUUUAAACCCAUUCAAAAGGAAUAUUGUGGUCUGGAAGGACUGUCAAUGUCUGAUGUUGUGGAUCUAGUGGAACAGAGCCGAGAGGUGCUGGAUGAUGUUUGGCGCCAAACUGACUACGAUUCAUACCCACAAAUACGAAUGGUCAGACUCAUGGAUAUUAUUGGUGGUGCCCUGGGACGAUAUGUGCAAAAAAAACUAAGCGAUGUGAAACUCUUCGAGGGGCCAUUUAUGUCUGUGAGGGAGAGCCUGAAAAGGGGUUUCGCUAUUUGUGAGCAGUGGGCUGUGAAUUGUGAACACCUGACCGGACAGGUUUGGAAGAGAUAUGCCCCCCAUCCUUGGGAAGGUGCCAAGCACUGCCCACCAACUCUUCAUUGCCUGACAAAAAGAUUAGAUGAGGUAAUGACCUUGCGAAUGUUUCAUGAGAAACUUUUGUGUAUGUUACCUGGAGGAAAGGAUCAAGCUUUGUCGUCUGAGCGCGUCUUUGAGCCUUUUACUGGCCUAAACCCUCUGCACUAUAACCCUUACACAGAGCCUCUUUGGAGAGCUGCUGUGGCUCAAUUUGAACGAAUUAUGGCUCCAUCAGAGCAGGAGGUUGCUGGCAAGCUGAAGACUUAUAUUGCUGACGUGCAGGACAAUCCACAGCAGCUGUUACAGGUUUUCCAAAAACAUAAAGAGCUGAUCAGGCGACCAAUCAUUAGCAAGGAACUCCUGUCAGAAAGAGAGAUACUCCUGGCUAGACUGUUGGACUACAAUAAAGAACUGAAGACUGACUUUGAGAGUCGAUGCCACGGAACACCGGGGGACAAGCUGGGACCCCUCAUUGGCAGAAACCUGACUGAAGUUAUCAAUAAAAUAGUCUGGGUCCGACAACUUAUCCACAAGGUGGAGGAUUGUGUCCGCAUGGCUGAAGCUUUACUGUCAGACUUAUCUGGGUUUAAAGGAUGUCUACGUUUCUGCGACGAGUUGUUGGAGGCUCUGCGAGCAUAUGAGCAGGAGCAGUUUGAGGAUUGGUCCAGAGAUGUGCUUUCCAGUCUGGCAAGUCCAAAGUCUGGGAUAAGCCUCCAGGCCAGUAACCGUGUCAUGGAACUGGAUCAUGUGGAUGGCACUCUGAAGAUCCAGUACUCAGACCGACUGGUCAGUCUUCUCAGGGAGGUCCGGCAGCUUUCAGCUUUGGGUUUUGUCAUUCCUGCCAAGAUUCAACAAGCUGCAAGUACAGCGGACAAAUUCUACAGACAGGCCAUUGUGCUUAAACAGGUGGCUCAUUUCUACAAUACAAUAGACCAGCAGAUGAUUCCCUCUCAAAGACCAAUGAUGCUUGGUCUUGCUCUGGCCUUCGAACAGGUCAUCAAAAAUCCACGCUCGCAGUCAAAGGAAACAAGUGGUAAACUGCAGAUAACCUGGGACAACCCUAAAGAGUUGGAGCUUUACAUCUCCAAACUGCAGUCUGCUGCUGAGAAACUUUCCUCUGAGAAUAGAAGGCUACGGAAAUGGCACACUGACUUCAUCGACAAGGUCGUGACAUUGAUGAACGUCAAUUUGCUAAGACAUCAACAGCGAUGGAAGGAUGGUCUUCAAGAUCUUCGAACUGGUAUUGCCACUUUGGAGGCGCAGGGUUUCAGGUCAGAUGACAUGCGAGCUUGGCGUCAGCAUUGGAACCAUCAGCUAUACAAGGCUCUUGAGCACCAGUACCAGGCUGGUCUGGAGGCUUUGAACAAAAACCUGCCAGAAAUCCACAUUGAUCUUGUUUUUAAGCAGGGCAGGUUGCAGUUCCGACCUCCAUUUGAGGAGGUGCGUGCACGCUAUUACAGAGAGAUGAAAAGGUUCAUUGCAAUACCAAACCAGUUUAAAGGUGUCAGCGCCCAGGGGGAGGAGCUUAUCUUCAGCACCAUGAUCGACAGGAACGCCUCUGGAUUUCUUACUAUCUUCACUAAAGCAGAGGAGCUCUUCACGCGCCUGCAGGUCAUACAGGACAGGUUCAAGGAAUGGGUGGUGCUGGGUCAGGUGGAUUUGGAUCUGCUGGUGGAAAAACAUCUCAACUCGGUGCAGGACUGGGAAAGAAACUUCAAGGCCUUGAAAGCUAGAGGAAAAGAAUCAGAGCGUUUACCCAGUGAAGAAAAAGUGGACUGUAUUACAGUCAACUGUGAACCCGUGAAAGCUGCCAUCGACGACCUUAUCCAGAAGCUGUUUGACAUGCUGCUGUCGUCCCUCAGAAAGUCGAUUCAAGGCCACACACAAGCAAUAGAAAGUUUUGUAUCUGAGUCAAUGGAAGCCUUGUCGGUUAGACCAGAGAGCAUGGAUGAGAUCAGUGCAGCAGGAGGGAAAUACAAGCAGAUAUUAAACCACAAACCUGAGAUUCUGUCACAGUUCUUAUGUGCUGAGGAAAAGAACCGCUUGUUGCGAGCGGUGUCUGGCACUGGCGUGGACUCAUUUUCAUCUCUGAAGGCCAAAUGGGACAAACUGGAGCUUGUGAUGGAAAGCCACCAGCUUAUGAUAAAAGACCAGAUGGAGGUGAUGCGCAGUAACACUGCAGGCCGCAUCGAUGCUUACAGAUCAGAUUUAGAGCGCUUUAAAGCCAGAUGGGACCAGUUAAAGCCCAAAGAUGACACACUUGAGAGCGGGGAUCAUGCUUCUCUGCUCGCCUGCCUUCAGACAAUAAGAGACAAGCAGCAAGAAUUUCAGGAGCUUGAGCUGGUCCGCACUAAAUUACUUGAGGACUGUGCCUUCUUCGACCUGGAGGUCUCAGAGUUUCCUUCAGCUCAAGAGGUCAAAAUGGAUAUGGAGGAAUGCAGUGAAAUGUGGGGUCUAUAUGAGGAGUGGCAUCUUGGCUUUGCAGAGAAGGCUCAGGAGGAUUGGAUCACAUUCAGGAGCAAGACGUAUUUGUUCGAGGAAUUUUUGUUCACAUGGCAGGACAGACUCAGGAAGGUCGAAAAACCGACUGUGAUGUCUGUUAAACUUCAAGGGGAAGUGGAUAAAUACAAGAACAUGGUCCCAGUGCUGAAGUAUGUGCGUGGUGAACACCUGUCCCAGGACCACUGGCUCGACAUGUUCCGACUGCUGGGUCUGCCAAGAGGGACAACUUUGGAAAAGCUUGUCUUUCAUGACAUUCUUAGUGUUGCAAACACCAUCAUAGAGAAAGCGGUGGAGCUUAAGGAUCUAAAUAGCCGUGCUCAGGCAGAGGUGACAAUCAGGGAGUCACUUCGAGAGUUGGAUUUAUGGGGAGCCGCAGCUACAUUCAACCUUACUGAGUACACUGACAACAGCGGCAGAGCCCUCUUCCUCAUUAAGGACUGGAAGGACAUUGUUAACCAGGUGGGAGAUAACCGGUGUCUGCUGCAGUCUCUGAAAGACUCUCCCUACUUCCGAAACUUCCAGGACAAGGUUAGCUUAUGGGAAGUCCGUCUCUCUGACCUGGAUGAAUACCUGCAAAGUCUGAAUGCAAUACAGAGGAGAUGGGUCUAUUUGGAGCCUAUUUUUGGACGUGGGGCUUUACCUCGGGAAGAAGCGCGAUUCAAACGCGUGGAUGAAGACUUCAGGUCAAUAAUGUCGGACAUUCAGAGGGACAACAGAGUCAUUUCUCUGACAUCUCGGGCUGGAAUCAGAAACUCUCUUGUCACCAUACUGGAUCAGCUACAGCGCUGUCAAAAGUCACUCAAUGAAUUCUUGGAGGAGAAACGUUCUGCUUUUCCAAGGUUCUACUUUAUUGGUGACGAUGACCUUUUAGAAAUUUUGGGACAGGCCACUAACCCUACUGUCAUACAAUCCCAUUUGAAAAAGCUUUUUGCUGGAAUCCACAGUGUUGUGUUUGAUGAUGAGUGCCAGCAUAUUGUUGCCAUGCGAUCCUUAGAGGGUGAAGUGGUUCCUCUCCAGAACUUGGUUCGCAUUUCUACCCUUGUGGAGGGCUGGUUAAGUGAGCUGUCCGUGGAAAUGAAGGCUACACUGAAGCAGCUGUUGUAUGAUUGUGUGAUGGCUGGAAAAAAGGGUGGAGUAGACCCUUCAUCUUACCCCUCACAGAUUUUGUGCCUUGCUGAGCAAAUCCAGUUCACUGAAGAUGUGGAAAAAGCUUUACGGCAGCAGAAUCUACAGCAGCUGGAAGUGGAGCUGAAGGCCAAACUGGAACAUUACACGACAGUCGACACCAGCUCUAAUGAGCAAACUAAAGAAUCAGGGAUCCUACAGCUAAAACUGAAAGCUUUGAUCCUGGAUAUAAUCCACAAUAUCAGUGUGGUGAAGCAGUUGAUCCAGACAGGAGCUGCCGGUCCUGAUGCCUGGUUCUGGAAGAAGCAGCUUCGCUUUUACUUGGCAGAUGACAAAUGCUGCUACAUCCACAUGGUUGAUGCCCGUUUUAACUACACGUAUGAAUAUCAGGGAAAUGCUGCUAAACUGGUGCACACCCCAUUAACUGAUAAAUGCUACCUCACUUUGACCCAAGCCAUGAAGAUGGGUCUUGGGGGUAACCCCUACGGACCGGCUGGAACAGGAAAAACUGAGUCUGUCAAAGCCUUGGGGGUUCUUUUUGGUCGACAAGUGUUGGUGUUUAACUGUGAUGAGGGUAUUGAUGUGAAGUCAAUGGGGCGGAUCUUCGUGGGCCUGGUGAAGUGCGGGGCUUGGGGCUGUUUCGACGAAUUCAACCGCUUGGAGGAGGCGGUUCUGUCUGCAGUUUCCAUGCAGAUUCAAGCAAUUCAAGACUCUCUGAAGCAUCACAAGAACUCUUGCGAACUGCUCGGCAAGCAGGUGGAAUUGGACCCUAAUUCCGGUGUUUUCAUCACGAUGAACCCUGCUGGAAAAGGCUAUGGGGGCAGACAAAAGCUUCCGGACAACUUGAAGCAACUCUUCAGGCCUGUGGCCAUGACUAGACCAGACAAUGAGCUUAUUGCUGAAGUCAUCCUUUACUCAGAGGGUUUUAAAAAUGGGGAAGUGCUGGGUCGAAAACUUGUUGCUAUCUUUAACUUGGCAAGAGAGCUUUUGACUCCCCAACAGCAUUAUGACUGGGGUCUGCGGGCUUUGAAAACUGUGCUCAAGGCUUGUGGCAGUCUCCUACAGCAGCAGAGAAAAAUGCGAAACAAGGAGAAAUUCCAAGAGAGCAGUCUGGUGGUGCAGGCCCUACGUCUAAACACUAUGUCCAAGCUGACAUUUGCUGAUAGCUCACGCUUUGAUGCCCUGCUCAAAGACGUCUUCUCAGGAGUAAACUUCACUGAUGUGGAGGAUCGCACUCUCAUGCAUGCGUUGGAACAAGUCUAUAAGGAAGGACAGCUUGAGCUCAUACCCACGCAGCUGAAAAAGGCCCUGGAGCUGAAUGAGCAGCUGAGACAGCGUAUGGGUGUAGUGAUUGUUGGGCCCAGUGGAUCUGGGAAGUCUACUCUUUGGAGGAUGCUGAGGGCAGCUCUUAACAAGACUGGAAAGAUGGUGAAGCAGUACACAAUGAAUCCCAAAGCUAUGCCCAGGCAACAGCUCUUGGGACAUAUAGACAUGGACACGAGGGAAUGGGCGGAUGGUGUUUUAACACACAGUGCAAGGAAUGUUGUGAGAGAACCGCAAGAAGUGAGCUCCUGGAUAGUGUGUGAUGGAGACAUUGAUCCUGAGUGGAUUGAGAGUCUUAACUCUGUGCUUGAUGAUAAUCGGCUGCUAACAAUGCCCAGUGGGGAAAGAAUCCAGUUUGGCCCCAAUGUCAACUUCCUGUUUGAAACUCAUGACCUUAGCUGUGCCUCUCCUGCCACCAUAUCUCGUAUGGGCAUGAUAUUUCUCAGUGAUGAAGACAUCGACAUAGGAGCCCUGGUGAAGUCGUGGUUGGUAACUCAGCCAGAGGAGUGUCGGAGUAAUUUAGAAAACUGGUUGGGGGAUUAUUUUCAAAGAUCACUGGAUUGGGUAUUGAAAAAGAAUGAUUUUGUGGUGGACACGAGCCUUGUUGGUACCGUGUUCAACGGUCUGUCACAUCUUAGUUCUGUAAAUGAGAGAGGUCAAUUCCUUGUUGGCCUGCUUCGAGGUUUAGGAGGGAAUUUAAACCUCAAAACGCGACAGGAGUUUGCCAAGGAGUUGCUAAGCUGGGCCAGAGAAAGUCCGCCAAACAGCAGGAAGCCAUUAGACACUUACUAUGCUCAGGACAGUGGGUCGCUGGCAGCUUAUGUCUUCCAACGUCCGGAUGGCCUCACUCUGGAGCAGCUUUCUCAUUCACAUUCAUUGCCAGUGAUUGAGACCACAGACAUGCAGAGGGGCCUGCACAGCUUCUCCCCUUGGCUGACCAUGCAGCACCGGCAGCCCUUUAUGGUGGUUGGCCCAGAGGGCUGCGGGAAGGGCAUGCUGCUGCGCUAUGCCCUCGCUCAGCUGCGCUCCACUCAAGUGGCUGUGGUUCACUGCAGUGCGCAGACCUCUUCUCGCCAUGUUCUUCAGAAGCUUCAUCAGACCUGCAUGUUGCUCAGCUCAAACACUGGCAGAGUCUUCAGACCCAAAGACUGUGAAAACUUAGUGCUCUAUCUAAAGGACAUCAACCUGCCCAAACCUGAUAAGUGGGGGACAAGCAACCUCACUGCGUUCCUGCAGCAGGUUUUAACUUAUAAAGGCUUCUAUGAUGAAAAUCUAGAAUGGGUGAGCCUGGAGAAUAUUCAGGUGGUGGCCUCCAUGUCAACAGGUGGAACUGUCGGGAGCCAUGCGCUCACCUCUCGCUUCACGUCCAUUGUUCGCAUCUGCACCAUUGACUAUCCUGACAGGGAACAGCUGCAGACUAUCUAUUCUGCCUACUUGCAGCCAGUUCUCCAACAUAGCUUGGGUAACCAAGCAUCCUGGGCCAGCGCAGGGAAAACACACCAGCUGGCUGGCUCUCUGGUGCAGCUUUAUGAACAGGUGAAAGCCAAGUUCACAGUUGAUGACCACAGCCACUAUCUCUUUACACCAUGUAUCCUCACAGAGUGGGUUGUCAGCCUGCUGCGAUAUGACCUUACUGCAGCGCAAUGCAACGUGACAGACAGUGUGUUGGAGGUGGUGGCAUAUGAAGCAAGGAGGCUCUUCAGAGACAGACUGGUGUCAUCCAGAGAUCUUCACACAUUCGACAACAUUCUCUCUUCCAUCAUUCGAGGGGACUGGGCCUCUGAUGCUCUAGACAACAUGACUGAUGGUUUCUACGUGACCUGGGGGGCGUCUGAUACCACUGUCAUGGCUCCAGGCCAGUCCUUGCCUCCUCAUGGCAAACAACUUGGGCGCUUGUCCUCUACAGACCUCAAACAUGUCAUAGAGAAGGGUGUAGUGCUGUACAGCCGUGAUAACAGAGAGUUGGACCUCCUCCUUUUCUGGGAAGUGUGCGACUUUGUGACCAGGAUAGACCGUGUCCUGAGCCGACCUGGCGGCUCUUUGCUUCUGGCAGGGCGCAGUGGCGUUGGGCGCCACACAGCCACCUGUCUUGUGUCUCAUAUGCAUGGAUACUCGCUCUUCACACCCAAAAUCUCCCGUGGUUAUUCUCUGAAGCAUUUUAGCAAUGACCUGAAGACGGUGAUGCAGAUGACAGGGAUUGACGGCCAGCAGGUUGUUUUGCUACUGGAGGACUAUCAGUUCAUUCACAAUGCUUUCUUGGAGAUGGUCAACAGUCUGCUGUCAUCUGGUGAAGUACCUGGUCUGUAUACACCAGAAGAGUUAGACCCGCUCCUGUCUCCUCUCAAGGAUGCUGCCUCACAGGAUGGCUUCACUGGACCACUUUACAACUACUUCUCCUACAGGAUACGGCAAAACCUCCACAUUGUACUGAUAAUGGACUGCUCCAACUCAAACUUCACCAUUAACUGUGAGAGCAACCCAGCAUUUUACCGGAAGUGUUCUGUCCAGUGGAUGGAGGGAUGGUCUGACAGCAGCAUGAAGAAGAUCCCUGAAAUUUUGCUGACGAAGAUGGAAGAGGAGGGAACCGAUAAUUUAGAAAAGACUCAGAAAAAUAAAAGUUCAGGUUCUGGGAAAGGAGAUCUUUGCCAUAUGUUCCUGAAGGUUCAUGAGUCUUGCAAAGAUCACGGUGCCACACCGAGCCAAUACAUGGCCUUUCUGAAAGUUUACAUUGCCAUUUACAGCCGAAAACAGAACCAGCUCACAAUGGGUCUCCAACAUCUUCAGGCUGGAGUCUCUAAACUGAAUGAAGCCAAAGCUUUAGUUGAUGAGCUGAAGCAGCGUGCUGGAGAGCAGAGGGCGCUGCUAAAGACUAAACAACAGGAGGCAGAUUCUGCUCUGCAGGAAAUCACUACCUCCAUGCAGAACACUAGUGACCAGAAAACGGAGAUGGAGAAGAUUAAAGAAAAAAUGGCACAAGAAGUUUCCAAAAUUGGAGAAAGGAAAGCUAAAAUUGAAGAUGAACUCAGAGAAGUACAGCCACUGGUUGAUGAAGCAAAGAGUGCAGUGGGAAACAUCAAGCCUGAAGCCCUGUCUGAGAUCCGCUCCCUCCGUAUGCCUCCCGAUGUCAUCAGAGAUAUCCUGGAGGGUGUGUUAAGAUUGAUGGGCAUCUUUGACACGUCCUGGGUCAGCAUGAAGAGCUUUCUGGCUAAACGUGGUGUCAGGGAAGAUAUAGCAACAUUUGAAGCUCGGAACAUCACACCUGAGAUUCGCCACAGUGUGGAAGAGCUUCUGAACAAGAACAAGGCAUCUUUUGACCCAAAGAAUGCAAAACGUGCAAGUGCGGCAGCUGCUCCUCUCGCUGCCUGGGUCAAAGCCAAUGUCCAGUAUUCCCAUGUUUUGGAGCGUAUUGAGCCACUUGAAAAAGAGCAGGCUGGACUUCUGGAGAACUUGAGGAAAACUGAAAACAGGAAGAACAAGCUUGAGGACCAGCUCAACUCAGUGGGGGCAAAAGUAAAUGAGUUAAAAGAGAAGUUUCAAUGUCACACCACUGAGGCUGCAAAGUUAGAGGCUGAAGUGAACAAGGCUCAAGACACAAUCACCGCAGCCCAGCAGCUUCUCUCACAGCUCGAUGGAGAACACACACGCUGGAACUCUCAGAUGUCGGAGAUCAAGAACGAGUUGGAAACGUUACCUUCGAGGGCAAUGUUAGCUGCAGCCUUCAUUACUUACCUGUCAUCUGCUCCGGAAGAUCAGAGAAAGCAAAGUCUAGAAACAUGGAUGGUUCAGUCUGGGCUGCAAAAGUUUGACCUCAGAUCUUUCUUGAGCUCGGAGAGUGAGCAGCUGAUCUGGAAGAGUCAGGGUCUGCCGUCUGAUGACCUCUCAAUGGAGAAUGCCCUUGUAAUACUGCAAAUCAAUUCACUGAAGUUACAGAGUGUUGCCUGUCCGUUUUUGAUUGAUCCAUCAUCCCGAGCGACAGAGUGGCUCUGUACACACCUGAAAGAACAUCGAUUAGAGGUCAUCAACCACCAGGAUAGUAACUUCAUGACCUCUCUGGAACUGGCUGUGCGUUUUGGGAAAACCCUCAUCAUCCAAGAGAUGGAUGGAGUGGAGCCCGUACUGUACCCUCUGCUGAGGCGGGACCUUAUUGCACAAGGUCCGAGAUAUGUGGUCCAGAUCGGUGACAAACUGAUUGAUUACAAUGAGGACUUCCGUCUUUUCCUGGCAACGCGGAAUCCCUCUCCCUUCAUUCCUCCUGAUGCUUCGUCUGUGGUCACUGAAGUCAAUUUUACUACCACCAGAGCCGGAUUAAGAGGACAGCUUCUAGCUUUGACCAUCCAGCAAGAAAAACCUGAAUUGGAGACGGAAAAAACAAGAUUGCUCCAACAAGAGGAAGAGAAGAAGAUACAGCUCGCUCAGCUGGAGGAGUCUCUGUUAGAGACUCUGGCUACAGCUCAGGGCAAUAUCCUGGAGAACAGAGAGCUAAUCGACAGUCUGAACCAGACAAAGGCAAGCAGUGCAUUGAUCCAGGAGUCGCUGUUGGAGUCCCAUCGGCUGCAGGCGUCUCUGGACCAGGAGAGAGAUGCUUUCCUUCCUCUUGCGGCGAGUGCCAGCAAAAUGUAUUUUGUCAUCACAGAACUGUCAAAGAUCAACAACAUGUACCGCUUCAGCCUGGCAUCAUUUCUUCGCCUCUUCCAAAGGGCCCUUCUUGCCAAAAAGGCGCCUGAAAGCACCGAAGCCAGGAUUAGUGCCUUGCAAACCAGUUUAAAGACUAUGGUGUACGAGUACGUCUGCCGCUCUCUUUUCAAGGCUGACCAGUUAAUGUUUGCCAUGCAUUUUGUCAAAGGCAUGUACCCCGAACUCUUCCAGGAAAAUGAGUGGGAAGUUUUCACUGGCUGCAUAGUGGGCGAAGUGUUUAAGAAAGAAGAACUCCCAUCUUGGAUUGAUCAGGAGCGGCACGGAGCUGUGGCCAUUUUCAAAGCAACAUUCCCAGCCGUCUACCAAGCCAUGUGUUUGACUGACUCUGAUCUUUGGCUGACCUUCUCACGGAGCUCGCAUUGUGAACAUGACAUCCCAACAUCAAUUGCCAAGAAGAUCACUACUUUCCAGCAGCUUUUAUUGAUCCAGGCAGUCAGACCAGACCGUUUACAGAGUGCCAUGACAUUGUUUGUCUCACAGACACUGGGUAUGAAAGAGCUCUCCCCUCCCCCACUGAACUUACGCCGUCUGUACGGCGAGACGUUGGAAUGGGAGCCGGUGCUGAUCAUCAUCUCUCCAGGGGCCGACCCUUCGCAGGAGCUGGCUGAUCUAGCGGCUGAAACUGUUGGGAGCGACCAGUAUCAUGAGAUCUCCAUGGGUCAGGGACAAGCUGAUGUAGCCUUAGCUGCACUCAGAGAAUGCGCCAGAGAUGGAGACUGGCUCUGCCUGAAAAACCUUCACCUUGUCACAGCAUGGUUGCCAGUCCUGGAAAAAGAGUUAAAUGUUCUUCAUCCAAAAACUGGUUUCCGUCUGUGGCUGACUGCGGAGGUCCACCCAAGAUUUCCUCCCAUACUGCUGCAGUCCAGCCUUAAACUGACAUAUGAGGCUCCCCCAGGGUUGAAGAAGAACUUGCUGAGGACCUAUGAGUCGUGGACUCCGGAGCAGAUCAGCAAAGGGGGUUUCCUGACGAGGGCCCAGUCUCUCUUCUGUUUGGCCUGGUUCCACGCCGUUUGUCAAGAGAGACGCAAUUACAUUCCGCAAGGAUGGACAAAGUUCUACGAGUUUUCCCUGUCAGACCUUCGCGCUGGAUUUGAGAUCAUCGACAGGCUCUUUGAAGGUGGUAAAGCUUUUCAGUGGGAGUUCGUCCAUGGGCUGUUGGAAAAUGCCAUUUACGGCGGGCGCAUGGACAACCCCUCUGACCUCCGCAUCCUGCGCUCCUACCUUGAGCAGUUCUUCUCUCCUCACUUACUGUCGUCGUCUCCCUCGGGUGGAUUGAGAAAGAGCAAAGCAACGCACAUCUUUCCACCACAGAUCAAGCUCCCGAACUCCUGCUCUAUCACAGACUACCGCAGUGUAAUAGAGAAUCUCCCAGAGGAUGACAGGCCUGCGUUCUUUGGUCUGCCUGCCAACAUAGAGAGGUCUUCCCAGAGAAUCAUCAGUUCCCAGGUCAUUUCCCAACUUCGUAUAAUGAGUCGAUCCGUAGCAACUGGGUCAAAAUUCGACCGAGAGCUCUGGUCUAAUGGGCUCUCUCCAAUCCUGAACUUGUGGAAGAAGCUCAACCAGGGUUCAAGUCUUAUCCACCAAAAAGUAGUCCCUCCUGCUGAAGGCCAGGGGUCACCAGUGCUCUCUUUCAUUGCACUCGAGCAGUUUAAUGCAGUCCGUCUUGUCCAGGGUAUCCAUCAAUCUCUUGCUGCUCUAAGCAAAGUCAUCAGAGGGACUCAACUGCUGACUCCCGAAGUCCAAAAGUUGGCAACAGCCCUGCUCAAUCAAGAGUGUCCACUGACGUGGCAGAAUAAGUGGGAAGGACCAGAGGAGCCAAUGCAGUACCUCAGAUCUGUUGUAGCGCGGGCACUUGCCAUACAGAGUUGGGUGGAGCGUGUGGAGAAACAGUCUCUUCUCUCAGACACCCUGGAUCUUUCGGAGCUCUUCCACCCUGAUACUUUCCUCAAUGCGUUGAGGCAAGAGACUGCCAGAUCUAUGGGAUGUUCCAUGGAUAGCUUGGUGUUUGCGUCGUCAUGGAGAAGCCCCAUUGCAGAGGCCAAACUGCAAGUCAAGGUCGGUGGCCUCCAGUUGGAAGGGUGUAGUUUUGAUGGCGUUCAUCUUUGUGAGAACCAGCACGACUCGCCGAGUGUGUCAGCCGUCCCGACAUGCUUCAUGGCCUGGGUGCCACAGACACCUCCAGCCAGUGCUCCAGUGAGUCACCACUCAAGAUGCAUCCAAUGGUCUGAAGUUUCCAGGGAAAACGUCCAGCUCAAUUUUCUCCCUCUGAUGUGUUGCGGUGCCAUUUUGGUGGAGGAAGUUGCCUGAGUGUUCUUCACAAUCCUGCGCUCCACCUCCACUCAGGGAGAGGCGGGCUGUGCUCCCUCACGCCUUCUGUUCUGCAGUCUACGGUGAUAUCAUGAAUUAUAGAGGUAGAUGGAGCCAUGUAGCAUCGGCAAACUCCUUCCCCAGAUGUUCGUCUCAAGCUUGAUGGCUGUCACCUGUAGCGCUAUGCCCUCAGCACAUUUGCUGCCGUCUGACUGAGUGACAGCUGAAGCUACUCCACGCUAAGUUUGACCGAGGAGGAGGGUUUUCUCCCUCCUGUAUGAACGUAAGUAGCCACGACGCAUAGCUUAUCGGCAUGUUUGCGAAGAUGACAGCGUUAAAGUGAAAUACUAGCGUCUGUUUAUUUCGCUUUGCAGUUGGUAGCUUGUUAGAAUCGACGCAUCGAUCGAUCACAAUAUUCAUCGGGCGGCUAUUUCUUUUCUUCAGUCAGGGAAAUGCAGUGUAUUUUCUGUGUGUGUUGCCGCCAUGUGCUUCACUCGAAGGUCACAUUCUCACUCGUCUUCCUCACGAUCACUCCUGUGCCUCCCCCUCAUCAUCUGUCUCUGCUGCGGCAUCUGUAUCUCCUCCUCUUCCCAGUUUUUCAGUCAACAUCAUGACGUCUUUUUUCCCUUGGCUCCAUGCUCAUCGCCUUCACAAAAUUUCUCCAGUAAAUUGAAGAGAUCUUUUCCAUUAUUAUGACUAUUAUUAUUAAUAAUAUUCAACCUUAGAGGUGUUCUUGGUAUUGACUUAUGAAAUAAAUAACUCCUUAUGUUUGAAAUAGUGGUCCAACUUUAACAAGUUAAUUACGAUUAAUUAAUUCCAACAAAAAGAACAUGUUAAAAUAAUAAAAUUGUUUUAAUUUAAUGUAACAGUUUGCUCUCCACACAACAGAGAACCUUUGUAAGUGCAGGAGUUCCUGAUCCACUGAUCACACUGAUGCACAAGACACGUGGCAGCUAGGAUGAUAACAACAACAACAAACAUGAGGAAUCCCUGAAACUGAUGCUUUUGUUUGAUGUUUUUCGCUACUGUGCUAUUGUGCCAUUGUCAAGCUGAUACAAAAUAAUAUUUGGUUGUUUAAAUGUAUGUAUGCGCCCAUCAUUUGAUUCAGUAAUAACUUUGUUUUUCGAAUGUCCCGGAAAUCGAACAAAAAUUUCGAGAUUUUUUUGCUUCAGAUUUUGGACGAAAGUCCAGAACUCGAACAGCCCCGAAAAAAGCCGCAAAAAAACAUAAGGUCCGUCCGAUCAGCUGACCCAUGACGCGCUUUGUUAUUGUGUAUAACGCAGACGUGUCCCGUUAGCUACAUUUACUGACUGUUUACCUGAAUACCACAUAAUCUCAUCCUGACUGCAAUGAGCUGAUUCCGACAACAGGUGGCGGUUGCACUACCACGUCCCUAAAAGACCGGAGGAGAUAAGAAGAGGAGGCCAGCUACUGUUGGAAGUCCUCAUGAUGUCACCUUACUCACAUGUACUGUAUGGUGUGUUCUAUGGAAAUGCCUGUUUUCGCAAGAGCUGGUCUCAUGUGCUGUUUGGCCCAUUGAAAAACAAUGUGGAAAUAUUUCAUGUUCUGUAAUCCAAACAGUUCACCACCAAAAGUGAAUGAAUCAGCUCUAAUUUAUUUUAGAAAAUUAAAUUGUUUCCAACCAAAGUCUAAAAUAUGUCUGUUUCCCAUUUUGCAAUGCUCAUGUCUUUCUUUAAGUUACCACCAUAAUAGAAAGUCACAUGAUUCAUUAGAAUAACACACAAGAGGCUGAAUUAGUGCACAAAGUUCUUUUUAUCAAAACUGACCACAUACUUGAAAGA